AUGCAUCCUGGGCCGGAUCAAUUGGGCGGCACAGCGCAAUCGAGUUUCGCCUCUCGGCGGCCGAAUGCUUCCAGCCUCCCGAACUUCGAACUACCCACGCCUCACAUGUCGAGCAGCCAGAAGUUUCAAUAUUCGAAUUCGCAGGCGCAAGGGGUCCCACCGGUGUCGAGUGUAGGGAACCUUCUGACUCCUCCAAGCACCGUCCAAGGGGAUGGUUUGAGCCCCGCAUCUGGCGUUGCGACGACCGGCUCAACAACAACACACGGCAUACAGCAGACAUAUGCGCAAAAUGGCUAUGUAUGGCCACAGUCGGGACAAGGAGCAUCGCACCAAUACACAUAUUCGCCAGCGUCAGCGCACAACUUCGGCCGUCCCAUGGCAUUCCCCCCUUCGAUGCAUUCCAUGGUGCGCGGCAACGCACCCAAUUCCGCCGAUUCAGCACCGGGAUAUGAGGUUAACCCUCCACAAUUUCCCGGAUCCACGAAUAUCACGACCUCUUCCAGCAUGACCACUAUGGGACCCCAACAACCAGUAAUGGCAGUUUCCAUGGCACGGCCACAUUCCCCACAAGUAGCGCCGCAUCAGUCGCCCCAACAGUCGCAGGGCGAGUUCCACACCCCUCGUCUCCCUCCAACACCAACCUACUAUCCCCCCAACUCCGCGCCACCUCAAUAUGCCUACUCCACUGGACCGCCUCCCUCGCAGCAAAGCCCUCUUUCCAACGGACCACGAAUGUCACCCGUUUCAGCUGCGCAUAUGCCUACAAUGUCGACCCCGACCGGCCAACCCCACCACACCUACCAGCGGCCGUAUGGUUACCCUCUUCCUCCAGGACCUGUCCUCAGCAACAUCCAGAACCCGCAAGCAGGACCUACUAUUAUUGGCGGGUUUCCUCCGGGGAUGAUGGCUCCGCCAUAUAAUUCCGGGCACGCCGCGACCAUGCAGCACAUGUAUGGAGCGCACCACCACGCCCCGGUCUCGGCGCCGGUGAACGAUCGACCGUUCAAGUGCGAUCAGUGCCCUCAGAGCUUCAACAGGAACCACGAUUUGAAACGCCAUAAGCGAAUUCAUCUGGCUGUCAAGCCGUUCCCGUGUACAGAUUGUGACAAGAGCUUUUCAAGGAAGGAUGCGUUGAAGAGACAUAUUCUUGUGAAAGGAUGCGGAAAGCCGGUCCCCGACGGCGAGAAGAAAGAUCCCUCCAGCGAUCCACACAUCUCCAAAACGAAGACGGAGAAAUAG